AAACCCUCUUGUGCAAUAGAUGGAUCUUGUUCAAUGCAUUGAAGCCUCCUGGUUGCUUGCAAUCGCAAAAAGGAAGACAUGACUGAGUUUGACGAUUGCAGUCACGGCACAUCCAAUAUGUAUCUGCCAGGGUGCGCUUAUUACGUCUCACCCUCAGAUUUCUCGACGAAACCCUCUUUUUUGUCGCAAUCUUCGUCCUGUCAAAUGACUUUUCCUUAUUCUUCUAAUUUACCUCACGUCCAACCUGUGCGCGAAGUAGCAUUCAGGGAAUACGGAUUAGAGCGCAGCAAAUGGCAGUAUAGGGGCAGUUAUGCUCCUUAUUACUCAGCUGAAGAGGUGAUGCACAGAGACUUUCUGCAGCCUGCGAACAGGAGGACGGAAAUGUUAUUCAAAACGGACCCUGUCUGCGGCCACCACGGACCGUCUCCCGCCGCCUCCAACUUCUACAGCUCGGUGGGGAGGAACGGCAUCCUGCCGCAAGGCUUCGACCAGUUUUACGAGACAGCCCCCGGACCCCCGUACCAGCAGCACUCCGAGGGCGAGGGGGAUGCGGACAAGGGCGACUUGAAAGCCCCGAGCAGCACUUGCAGUAAAACACCUUCCAGCCAAGAGAAGAAAGUGACACCAGCAAACAGCGCCGAUUCCCCUUCUGGUGAGGCUGUUGCAGAGAAGAGCAACAGUUCAGCAAUUCCCCAGCGAUCAAGGAAAAAGAGGUGUCCCUAUACCAAAUACCAGAUAAGAGAACUGGAACGGGAGUUUUUCUUCAACGUGUACAUAAACAAAGAGAAAAGACUGCAGUUGUCCAGAAUGCUCAACCUCACUGACCGGCAAGUUAAAAUCUGGUUCCAGAAUCGAAGGAUGAAAGAAAAGAAACUGAACAGAGAUCGACUCCAAUAUUUCACUGGGAAUCCCUUGUUUUGAAAAAAAAAAAAAAAAAAAAGGAAAGAAAAGAAAGGAAAAAAAAUUUUAAAAAGA